CUACAUCAGAGUUCCUCUAACUGGCUGCCUUAGCACUGAGCCGUCACCUUUUGAUUUCUGCAUUUUGCUUUCGACAUCCCCCUCCUUGACAGUUUCUGUGGUAGAAAUAGUUAAGUGGGUUGCCAGAAAGCACAAAAGUUGCCAAAUACAAGCGUAUGAGCUCAGAGGAUACAUCACCCUUGUAGUACUUUUCAUGGGAGUAACACAAUGGACUGGAUAAUUAUUACUGCAGUAUUCUUGUCAGUGUUAAAAACCACACUUGGUUUCAAUAUCGAUCCCAAGGCUUGGAAGGUCCUGUCUAACCCUGCUGAAGGAUUUGGAUACCAGGUGGUGCAGAGACCAUCCAGCUUGCUGGUCAGUGCUCCUCUUUACCAGUAUUCACAAGAUGGAAGGGGACAGAUAUAUGCAUGCUCCACCGACAGCUGCCGUGAAAUACCAGUUUCAUUGCCAGAUUUUGCCGUAAACAUGUCUCUUGGUUUGACAAUGACAAGCAAUCCCUCCACACAGAACACCGUGGCAUGUGGUCCAACCAUCCCAAAGGACUGCAAAAGUAUCACCAUGUACAGUGGUGCAUGCUUGCAGAUAGACAGUUCAAACAGAAUGAUAGAUCGUCUUAUACCUUCUUCUAAUAAAGAGUGCCGAUCAGCAGACAUAGCGUUCCUGUUGGACGGUUCAGGCAGCGUAUCCGGAACGGAUUUUAAGACAAUGAAGACUUUCGUGAAAAAACUGGUCCACUCACUCCUGCCAUUAGAUACAAAGUUUGCUAUUGCCCAGUUCUCCCAUGUUCCCCGAGUAGAAUAUUACUUUGAUGAUUUUUCCUCUGGAACUAAAUCAUGGGAACAAAAAGUCAAUGACAUUCAGCAACUACGGUCAACAACUUACACAGCUGAAGCCAUCAAGUUUGUGGUACAAAAUAUUUUCACGUCAACAAGAGGUUCCAGAUCUAACGUGAAGAAGGUCUUGAUAGUCAUUACUGAUGGAGCAUCUCAUGACCGGGAUUUAUUGCCAUCUUCAGCAGCCUUAGCUGAGAGGGAAAAGAUUGUUCGAUUUGCUAUUGGAGUGGGAGACGCAUUUAACAAAGUUGAAGCAAAAAAUGAACUGAACACCAUUGCAUCAUCUCCCAAAGGCAACCACGUGUUUCAAGUGGAGAACUUUGACGCUCUCGAACAAAUACGACAGAGUUUGCAGGCCAAAAUCUUCUCUAUUGAAGGAUCGCAAACAGGUGGGGAGUCACUGAAAAUGGAAAUGGCUCAAGAGGGAUUCAGUGUAGCUUAUGUGCCUGAGGGAAUUCAGAUGGCUGUGGUUGGUGCUAAUGUGUGGAAGGGAGGCUUCCUGCAGUACUCACUCACAGGCCAGAAGAUCAUCUCCUUUGAGCCGACUAUAGACGCUGACAGUUAUCUGGGUUACUCCAUGGCAGUCGCUAAAACAAGGCAAGGCACGCUGACAGUUGCUGGUGCUCCAAGAUAUCAUCACAAAGGAUCUGUGGUGGUACUUACCCAUGAAUGGAAUCGCCAAAAUAUCGAACCCUCUCAAUAUCAGUCUCAGAGUGGUGAAUAUUUUGGGGCUGCUGUUUGUGCCAUGGAUGUGGAUCGUGACGAAUUCAGUGAUCUAAUCCUCAUAUCUUCCCCUAUGUUCGUGGACACUGACAGAGAGGGAAGAGUUUACGUUUGCAGCAUUAGUGGUUUGAAUGUGGAGUGUCACUUCGAUGAUUCUCCGUCAGUGCUGAAAGGGGCUGCAUCUGUCAAAGGAAGGUUUGGGUCUUCUCUUGCUGUCCUGCCUGAUCUUAAUGCAGAUGGUCUCAAUGAGUUGGCGGUUGGAGCGCCUUUGGAGAACAACGGCCAAGGCAGCAUCUACAUAUUCCACGGCGAAGGAGGAGGAAGAAUCAGUCUUUUUUACUCACAGAGAAUUGCUGGCUCUGAUGUCCGGCCAGGACUGCGGUUCUUUGGCAUGUCGAUAAGUCAGUCGUCUUUUGACCAAAGUAAGGACGGUCUGCCUGACUUAGCUGUGGGUUCGAAGGGCGCAGUUGUCUUACUCAGAACAAAGCCUAUAGUAAUGGUUGAAGCUGCAGUGUCAUACAGCCCAAACCUAAUCCCUAUUCAAAACACAGACUGCUCAGCACAACUGGAGCACACAGCAAAAAUCUGCUUUACCAUGACCAGACACUCCACAGUACAACGAGCUCAAGCACGGAUCACAUAUACUAUAAAGCUGGAUGCCACCCGCAAAGUCCCAAAUAACCGUGCUGUUAUUAGCGAGAAAGUACGAGAGGUGACUGAAGAAGUUAUUCUUGACUUAAUCCGUCCACAAUGCAGAUCAGUGAAGUUCUUUGUUGAGGCUUGUACAGAUGAUUCUUUCAAUGCUCUUUACAACGAACUCAAAUUCACCUUUCAUGGUGUGCCUUCUGACCAAAAUCUCAGUCCGAGUCUCGCCCUGCAGGCGCAGCAAACCACCACUCAUCCUUUAGGGUUUGAGAUCAACUGCGGCACAGACAACCAGUGUGUAGAUAGCCUGAAAGUGGACUUCAACUUUACCAGUUCCUCCGUGGUUAAAGUGGGCAUUGAUGAACUGCUGGAUGUCACCGUCUCAGUGGAGAACACAGAGGAAAACUCCUACAACAGCCAUGUCAUUCUCACGUACCCUGCUGGGUUCUCCUAUAGGAAGUUUACAAGUCUGCAGGGAAGAAUAGAGUGCAACUCCUUGGACAGUGAAGACGGCUUAACGCGAGGAAAGACAGACUGCACUGUUGACAAGCCUAUUCUUAAGAGCAAAACAAAGACUCUCUUCAUCGUCUCCUAUGGAAUCGAAACCAACAGUCAACUUGACAGGAGGAUUUUUGUCACUGCAAAUGCUACCAGUGGGAAUCAGGUGCACUCACCCCAAAGCGAACCCUACAAAAAGAAAGGGAUUGAUGUGAAGUACGGCAUUUUUGCUACAAUUGAAAGUUUUCUCAGCUACACCAAUUUCUCUUACGGAAAGAACGAUUUGCAGAAACCGGUCCAACAACAUAUUGUGGUUACAAAUGACAUCAGAGCACUGAAUUUCACUGUGGUGAUAAAUGUGCCAGUGAAGCUUGGUGAUAAAGACAUCUGGGUGGAUUCAGACAGUUUGACGAUUCCAGAAUGCCAAAAACACACAGAUAAGGAACCUACCGACACAGAUUUUGUUGCCAAGAUUGAGAAAACUAAGACUGUGGACUGCUCUGUAGCCAGGUGUAGGGUGUUCAAGUGCAGCAGGUUCAUGGGAAGACUGGAGAGUAGAAGGUACAACAUCUCUGCCAACCUUAGUUCUGGAUGGAUCGAGCAGAUUGGACUUAGAUCUGCCAAAUUCCUCCUGACCAGCACAGCCACUCUGGAGUAUGACGGAAACCAGUACAUCUUUAUUUCAGCAGCGUCUAAUAACAAACCUCCUGUUCGCAAGAUCGAGACAGAGGUAGAAGUGUACACUGAACCAGACUUCACCAAAGAGAUUAUAGGAGGAUCCCUGGGAGGGUUGGCUUUCCUCGCUUUACUCACCGCUGGCCUGUAUAAGGCUGGAUUUUUCAAGAGUAAAUAUCAGGACAUGAUAAAAGAUGAUGCUGCAGAUCCAGGGGUUGAUGGAGACGCAUCAGCACCAGAAUAACAAAUACAAAAUCAGAUGAUGUCCCACAGACACCAACUGUUUCCAGAUCCAGUACUUUAAUACUGUAGUAUUAGCCUGCUGAUCGCAGCUGACUGCAAAACCAUUACAUCUAUACCAUGAUCUUUAUGAUUAUCUCUGAUUAGUUCACAUGUGCCAUUAUUCAGAGCUGUACUAGUUCUAUAACAUUUUGCCAUUUCCAGGAAUGUACAUGAUUUGUAUGGAAGAGGACCACUUUGGAUUCAUUCAACUAAAAAGCUUGGCUGUGUCUGAAAUCACUCCCUUGCUCACUCAUCCACUAUUUCCUGUAGUAGAGGCUUUCAACCAGGAGGUCAGGACCCAAACGGGUCAUAAAAUGAAAAGAAGCAACUAACUGUAAAUCAAUAAUGUUUAGUUUUACCUAGGGAUGUCAACUGCUAAGAAUAUUUCUGACCAGUUACGCAUGUUGGUCUGCAGGUUUAUUUUGCUACUCUUUAGUUAACUGCACUGUGCGCUAUUCAAAGCUAAUGUUAGCUAGCUGUGCCACUCAUUCUAAGCUAGAAGGGAAUAGAAAAAAAUGCUAGUAAUGUGUUUCUGUUGAAACAUUGUGCCCACCCUCUGUUCUCCCCACUGAAUAAGCAGCUCAAUUUUAAGCCACAAACCCGCUGUAGCAUUGCUAACUUCUGUUCGUACCGUUAGCAGUGUCAGCGCAGUUUACGCUAAAGGGGUUUAGCACCUCAAAAUUAAAGACACACCAUCAAGCGCAUAGUGCUGUUGUAAUGGAGAUGAAAAUCCACGCUGGACUGAAGUGCUGAGUCAAACCAAGUCAAACUAAGCUAGCAACUUGUUGUGGAAAAAACAGCAUGUUUCCGUAACAAAAGUAGCGGUCAUUGCUGAAUUGACCUAUGGCUAAGUCCCGCCCUCAAACGCGAUGAGCCAAUCAUAGUGCGUAUAGCCAUUCCCAUUAUACACUCAGACAUUCUCUGCCUGGACGUCCAUUGAAAUGCAUUACAGAAAGUCAGUUUUGUUCAGUUUUAUGAGCUUUUUCGGAGAUUUGAAGUUUAAACAUGGUCAAACGGUGUGCAUGGGGUACAUGCAACGCCGACACAAGGUAUCCUGAGAGGCUGGGCGACGAGGUGUAUUUUUUACACUUUAAACCACAUCUCAACCGAGAAAAGUGUCUCCUUUGGAUAAAGUUGUGCGGUAACGUUAGACCACAUCAACUCAACGUGAAUAAGAUUAACAAUGAUGUCUACAUCUGUUCUAAGGUAUGUCAACAUCAUGUUUGAGGCAACAUAUUGUCACUUUGCUGGAAAGAAAUAUAAAGUUAUCUUUAACAUCUCUAGCUAACGUUAGCUAAAGUUAGCCUAACGUUAGCUCCUAGCUGCUGUUCAUCAUGUCACCUUGUCUGCUGGGAGUUCAUUAGCCUAUUUUUUUGUAGUUUUGUACUUCGGUGAUCGUACAUCAUUGUUAGCUGUUGUCCAUAGGGCUCUAGUUAAGCUAACGUUAACUUCUGGAGCUUAGCUUCAUUAAUUUAUCUGUAAUCACAGAGAUAACAAAGAUUGGCAAACAUUAUGCUGAAUGAUUCAGUGUAAAUACUGUAGCACCAAACUAACAGAGAGACACUCUUGGUAAAGAAAAAAGGCCGUUAUCCUUUUCUCAUAUUCUGAGCCAAAAACCUUAACUUCAGUGACACUUUAACUUGUUGUCUUUGAUGGUGACAGCAACGAGAUGCAGUUCACAAGCGUACACUGUGACCUGUAAAUUUUGGCUUGUAAUUUUGCUUUUCAUCGACCUUCUCAACAAUAAAAUGAUGAAUAUAUCCCUCCAAUGCGUAGCUUAGGCCCUUUUGGUUACUUCUCAAUGACAUCUGAUCGUUAUGUCUCCAAAAAUUAUCAAUUCCCUCCUGCGAAAUGCCGUGUACUGUGACACCUGCCAUAUUGCCCAGUAACUGAAUGUUGAUAGUUUGUGGAGUGAGUGGGGAGGGGGGCGUGGCUUAGCCAUAGGUCACUUAGCAGCACCACUUAACCAGCUAGCUCACACUCUGGUGGUGCACAGUGCAGAGCAGCCAAGGCUAACAAUGGCUAACCAGACACAACUACAUCACAAAACAUUAAAAUCUCACCCUCUUGAAAUGGACAUUGCUUUGAAAGAGUAACUAAACCUCACCUCAGGAUUUCGACCAAAGUGACUCCUCCCUGGGCCAUGGACAAGAGUAUCAAAAUGGGCAGUGCUGGCUAAGACACACCCAGUCACUCAUUGUGCUGCCUCUAGACCACACACACAUUAGCUCCAUUAACAAUGAACAACGAUAGCACCCACACUUGAACGCAAGUGAAAGGUCGUACGAAGUGGUUGCUUUUUUUUUUUCUCUUAAAAAUAAACCAGUUAGUUACUGUUUAGAAGGUGAUAGGAUAAUAAAAGCAAAAUAAGCCAAAACUGACAUCCCUAGUUUUACCUCUUUAGCUCACUAAAAAUGAUUUAAAUUGAACAGUCUGAUCAGAGACGUCUCAGACAUGCACCCUGUGACCAAGGACCUCAUGUAGACAUUGGUACGUAUUAGGGAGACAAAAUUAAUUUAUUUAAAAAAAGGUGGGAACUACUUAACUUAUAUCACAGAUGCACGAUAAUUGUAUAAAAUGGUGGAGGGUGAAUGUUGUGCCAUUAGAGAGUGAUUUCAGACACAGCCCAUGUGAUGCCAUGCGGCAGGAGGCUUUACAAAAUGACUGUACAUUUUUCUGACUCAAAUUUUGGACUGAAUAACUCACUGUUUGGCUACAGUGACAUUUUUGCUUUUGUAUUUUCUGCAAGCUAUGUGUGUCAAUUUGUAGAAUUUAUUGUGAAGUGAAAAACACAGCAUGACCACCUGGACUCUGGUUUUAUCCCAUCUUGUACUGUAAAACUAGCAUGACCACCUGGACUCUGGUUUUAUCCCAUCUUGUACUGUAAAACUAGCAUGACCACCUGGACUCUGGUUUUAUCCCAUCUUGUACUGUAAAACUAGCAUGAC